AUGAACCUUGCGAUGGAGUCUCAUGCAAGCGAACUCCCAAAAGAAUCAACAGAAUCUAGAUUCUUCGCAUUGCAUAGUCUACCAUUGACAGCGCGCGCAUGUAGAGAAAAGACAAUAUUACUCUGGGUCAACACUCUCCUAAGCCCACCAGUGGCUUCUCUUGCCCAGAUAUCCAAUGGAGACACCUUGUUAUCCCUCGUGUUAGCAUUAGGUGGAAGAUUAGAUGACAAUUCUCAUGAACAGAUGGACACACUCCAACAAGCAGCAGACGCUAUUCAAACCUGGCUAGGCCUCCAGGAGCCUGUCAUUACUCCCACAGACCUUGCACAUCCUGAUACCCUUAAAGCACUCCUCUCCUUUCUUCACCUUCAACACAUCGCCCGCCUCUUGUCCAUUUUACAACCAACGCUUUGCACACAAUACCCUCACAUUUCUUCUGCUCAUAUUCCUCCAAUUGCUGCGCUCGUAGACCUUCAGCCACUCCUCUCUGCAUGGACGAGCACGAUUUUAAAAAAUUACAUUGAUGCCUCAUUGAUACCAUCUAUCCGGUGGCAAGAUGGUCGAUCCUUUCUUGCCCUCGUUCAUUAUCACAACCCAAGCCUUGUCCCGGACCUUCAACAUUUUUGCCGGCUUGACAGCACCACUCAUACCACAUCUCAGGCUAUUCACACUCUUUCGACAGCCUUUCAACUCGCCUACACAAAUUUAGGUGUGCCUCUGGUCAUAGAUCCAGUCGUACUAGCAGACCCUGAACAGCUUGACGAACAAACCAUUGCAGCCUACCUCAUCGAAUUCUUGCGAGCCGUCCAGACACGUCCCCCUUCCCCAGCAGCGGAGGAGCGGAGGAAAGCCGAUCUUGCUCGAUGGCGUGAAAUAAACGCAGACGGUGGGUUUUCAAACAAACAACAAAGAAAAAGACGACCGUCCUCACCGCCACUUCAACAACAACAAAAUAAUAAUAAUAAUAAUCAAAACUCUUCGGCAUCAACUCCAUCAACUCCCUCUCUUAGCUCAACAACCACAGACACCCCAGACGAACCUUUCACUUCAACCACUCGCACAUCCACAUUUUCUGUACAACAGUUUAAACUCACAAAAACCACUACCACAAAGACAGGCGAGCGCCAAGUUCCUGAUCCACUAAAAGAAUUUGAAUCGCGCGCCACAACUCUCUCUGAAAAGAUCACUCGCCUACAGAGUCGUCUCGACAGGGUUGUCCCCACACGCUCCAACUAUGCAAUGUCCAGUUCGGCUACUAUGGACAGCUUCGAGCUGGCCUCUGAGGAUGGCGAGAUUUCCAGUCCGGUUCGGUCAAACGACGGAGAAGAUGUCGGGCACACGCGCGUACUGCAUCCACUCAGGGCAGCCAGGGAAGACUUGAGUGCAUAUGAAACUAACGUCAGAGCCUGUCGGACAUCUUUACCAUUUAUAGAAGAGUCCAUGGCAGCUCUACGUCAGUACGUCGACGAAUCACUCGAGCCAGAAUGGCAAGAGCACCAGAGUGUCUUGUCUCGUUUAGAAGAAAUCGAUAAACAGUACCAGGCACUUGUUGCGUCCAUGGACACAAACGACGACCAACUCGCACGCUUCCGCCGUGGAUUUUUGUUUGCUCGUUCUUGCUCGGAGAUUCGUGCGGAGUUGGAUGUUGUUCAAACCAAGAUGGUCAAGGCCAUAACUACAGAUACCGACAUUCAGGAACUCGAAACAAGGGUUAAACGCACGUCAGAACGAUUAAAAGAAUUAGGGGUAGACUAUGCCGAUCUUCUGGACGAAGGCCUAGGUAGUGACGACGAUGCAUACAAAGCCCGUUUUGAAGCUAUCACCAAGAAAAAUGAUCUAGUUUGUACUUGGGUUGAAGAGGUCCGAGUCUGGUUCGCAGAAGCAGAACGUAUCAGACAAUGGAUUCAGAUCCGUAUCGAACGUCUAGGAGAAACCACCGUUCCUGAUGCAAUGGCUGGUCCGGACACGCCGGCCACAAACGAGGUCGUUAACUCACUAAACGCCCAACACAGCGUACUCGAAGAUGAAAUCGAACAUUUUGAUGCCGAAGACAUGGCUAGGCUCAGAUCCCAUGUCAAAGACCUCACAGGCGCAGGGCGGGCUGACAAGGACCUCAGUCCGGCAGACACUACCACUAUAGACAUAACGCUCACCACUCUCAAGGCCCUAGACAAACUCAUGCAUUCUCUCAGACGAAAGAGCCUCGAUCUCCAAGCCCUCACGCGGCGUGUUGCAUGGGAAAAAGAGCACGUGGGGACUAUGGACUGGCUCACGACAACUGACGCACAAGUGUAUGAUUUCUUGACAAAAAGUGCUCGCUGGCAAGCGGAAGAAGACGACUGUGCAACAGACGAGACUGAUCAAGAGAAAACUGACCGACUAGCAGCCAAAGAACGUCUACGAGAUCUCAUCAUUCAGAACCUCUUGUCGUUAGAACAAAGAAUGAACGAAUUUGACCAGGGCCAAUUUAGUCGUACAAUCAAUCUCUAUGAAGAUCUUGAAGACAUAGUCAACGAAACCUUACCUGACCAUAUUAGUCACCGACAGCUGCACAGCGAAGCUCUGUUUGAUAAUUUGUUAAAGCGGACUGCGUUUGCACGACAGGUUGUAGAACAGCGUUUGAGCGUGAUGGAUUCAAUAUAUCAGAUAGAUAUUCUCAAGGCCGACGCACAUCAGAUCACACUCGAACUCGCCGCAGCUGAAGAAACUCACGGUGGAGAAAAUGAGCUGACCGCAAAAGUACAGGCAAUUCAUGAGCGGAUUCUCCAACUCGCAACGGCAACUAGUCGUGUUGUCUACCCAGAACCAGUUCUCGAUCUCGAUCGCCUAGAAAACGAGCAAUCAAACAAUGUAAUCCGUCAGGUCAUGGAUUCAAAACGCGCCGAGCUCAUUGAUCUGGCUGAGGAACUUGAUAGCCAACUUAACUCUCUUUGCUACAGCCUUGAGCUACACCGCGAAGGCAAAGAAUUAGUUCAGGGAGUGGACAGAUUAUGUUUGUGGGUGGACAGCCGUUCAGCUGAGAUCAAAAACGCAUCCGUGGAUGGUGUAGAUCCAAACACUAUUAGCAUUGACGAUGUCCGAAAACUUGAAAAAGAACAUCACAAACUUGUCCAAGUUCUGGAAGAAGAAAAAGAAAACGAGGCUGCUGAUCUGUUGAUCCGCAUCCAGACCUUGUUGGAAACAGCCGAUCAAGUUGGCAGUGUAUCAGUCGACCGAGACGAACUUAAACUUGAAUCACGACGCCUCACAGACAAAUUUGAUGGCCUGCGACACACACUAGAUGAACACGAAGAAGAGCUCAAGGCACUGAGACAAAAGAUGGAAGAUGGAAAUACUUAUGUUGAGCGUGCCAAAGCUCUAAAGGCUUUUAUUUCUCAAACACGGGCAUCUAUUCCAGGCCUCAAACAGACUUGCGGAUUUAUGACUGGUCAGAGCGAAGAACAAGAUCGCCAGCGCUUUGAGAUGCUUAACAGUGCUCUCCAGUCUCUCAAGACAGCAUACGUCGAUCAACAACGACACUACCAAGACAUCUGUACCAGAUUUGAAAGCAUGACUCCCGAAAAGACAGAGGACCGAGAGGAAGCCGCAAGAGUCCAAAAGGAACUCGAAAAGGACUGGGCCCAGUUAGCUAACGACAUGGACAGUUUCGAGAAUUUUACUGAGGCUGUAGGACAAUGGUACGAUCGUCAGCGACGUAUGAGUAUUGUAGAUGAAGAAUGCCUUCAUGGUCUCACCCAAGAAAUCGCACAUCUGGCAAAGGCAGGCUGGAGCAACGCUGACCUUGAACGAAUUGAGAAAAAGCUGUCACGGGCAGUUCACAUGCUCGGUGAGGCUGGAAAAAGAAUCACGUCUGCAAACCGCAAAGAGGAUGCUGUCCAGACAGCAAAUUACUCCUGUGCUCGCGAUCGCCACGCCGCUCUUUUGAACAAGGCCCAGGACAUUGUUACCCGUCUCAAUGAUCUAAAGAAAAAUGCUAAUAACGCAGUUGCCUUUGGCGAUUUCUUGGAGCGUGCUAAGAAGCUCAAAGAUGCAGUCCAAGAAGAACAUGAUGCGAUUGAAAAACGUAUGGAACUAAUGAAACAGCGUAGAUUUGAAACUAUGGAACGUCUUGAGAUUGAGCAGCUUAUUCGUGCCACCAUGGGUGCCUCGGCCGGAUCCGAAGCCAGGAUCACCGAACUGCGUCAACUACUUAAAGAAGCUUUGGAAGAUGCACGCAAAUUGAGAAAACAGGGUUAUGGCGAAUCUGCUGUAAAAUCCCCGCUGGAAACGAUUGAAAGCGAUAUAGUAAAACUGGUCAGUGUGCUGGCAUCCGAAAAGCGGCAGGCCGGAUUUGUACGAAAAAUGCAAAUGCAUGCCAAGACAGCAGGAGAACUUUUAUCCUGGAUCAGUCACUGCAGCAAUGCAAUCUCUCAACUGCCUACUGAUGUUUGUAUCACAGAUGAAAACGAACUUUUGGCUGGAUUGGACAAUCUGGAGCACAAGAUGCAUGACAUGCAGCCUAUUGUAACAGGCUUUAAAGCCAUGGCACCUAAAAUCUUGGGACCAACCAAGGACGGUUUGAAACACCUGGAAGAUGAUUUUGGACUGUCAGGAGAACUUAUUCAGGAAGCCAUUGCCAUCCGGGAAGCACGAGUUAUGGAUGCCUGGAAUUCAUUGGGACAACAACUUGGGGAAACUAGACAGACGAUUGAACACUCUCAGCAUAGAGUGGAUAUUGCUCGUAAAGUGAAGGAGAUCAUGACCCUGAUUGGUGAAGCUAAGGACAGAGCAAGCGCAGUCCGCGUCUGUCACCUCAAGCCAAGUGAGAUGGGAGACAAUACAGAUCUCAAGGUCAUACAGACGUGCUCUCUGUCGAUGCUUCCAACCGAGCAAGAGACAGUCCAAGCCAAAGCUGAGCUUGAUAGUCUGGAUCGUGACAUUGAGCUACGCCUUCAGGUAGCAAUUGCUGAACUUGAUCGGAUGCUUGGAAUUAGUGCCGAGAACGAAGACAUAUUUUCUGGUCAACGCGCAGAGAUUAUUGAGGCAGUUGGCGGAUUGACCGAUAUGAUGAAAGCCAAACGAGAAGCUAUUGCCGAGGCUGAAAAGAUGGAAGGGUUUUUGACAGUUGUGGAAGAACUUGAGGUGCUCUUGUUAGCCGUGGCUGAGGUUGUGGAUCGUGCAUCUCCUGAGGGUGCGCGUGUAGUAGAUGGCGUUUUGAGCAGAGCAGAUUUGCAGGCAAUUUUGAUUGAUCUCGACACAAGAUACCGUUACUACGAGCCCAAGAUUAAUGGGUUGAUGGAUGAAGCAAAAGAAGCAGGUGAAAGCCUUUUGAAUGAUCGGCGUGUUGUCCAUUGUCUUGAGGAGAUGGCCAAUAAAUGGAAGGAUCUGCAAGCCCUGGCUGUAUCUAAGAAAUCCGAACUCCUAGCUUGCAUUGGACCUUUGGCUGAUCCGUUUACGAUGCCUGACCUUCAUAAACGUACCCUUCAAGCAAAACGCCCUGGUACACCAGUCCCUAAUCGUAUAAUGAAUGGCCGUUCUGGUAGCCAGAGCCCGAAUGCUGCCAGUACCGGUGGAAGUCUCCAAGAUCGCGGCCAACGUGUUGCUGACAAGCGUACUAAUCAGAUCAUUCGUAAUAACGAGCGAGUGAAGCCUCAGGUAAUGCAUUCUACGCCACGCUAUAUGGCCUCAACUGGAAACACGCGUGCCCGAAAGAACACUAUCACUACAGGAGCAGGCAAUGGAAAUGUGUCCCCGACUGCUCGCCGUGUUGCUCAACUUUCUGUCGGUACUCCAAAACCACAACCCAAUGUACCUAAACCAGAAGCAUAUGUGGCCGAUCCUAAGAAUGACCUUGAUGUGGCGCUUGGUUUGAUUGUAAAUGACUCGCCUUACAAAAUUAAGGUCGAGAUGGUUCCAGGUGAGGUGGGCCGUUAUUGGUUCGGUACUGUGAAUCCAAAGUUGGCAUACUGUCGUAUCUUGCGCAGUAGAAUGGUUAUGGUGCGUGUAGGCGGUGGCUGGGUUGAGCUCUCACAGUUUUUGAGAGACCAUGCCUUGUUGGAAGGGGGAAACUUUGUUCCUCGGGCAUCUUCGUCAGGGUCUGAACGUGGUGGAUUAUUGGGUGAAGUAUAUUUGCGUACAAGCCGGGCUGCGUCGCCAGGUACGAUUACAACGAUUCGCGGUGGAGGUGGCGCAGGAUCUCCCGGUCCUUUACGGGAAUCCCAGUCUACUCCCUAUAACCGAGGUGGAUCUCCUGUUGGAUUCGGACAUGGUAUUAAAGAAGGCAACAGAUUCUUGGUGACUGUUGAUGGAAUGGGUAACCAAGUUGAGGUUAAGAUGACAAAGGCAAACAACAAGAAUUUUAAGUUUGUUACUCCACGACGUACGAUUCUGUAAAAAACAAACAAACAAACAAACAAACAAACAAACAACAAUCUCAUCUAUACACACACACACACAUACCUAUACACACAUACACAUUCACCACAAACUACGCUACACUACACUAUACUACAUACGCACGAGCAUGUUUAUUGUGCUAUUAUAUUAUUCUUUUAAUAUUCUUCUUUCCUUCUUUACUUCUUUAUCUUUAUUGCUUUCUGUUUAUGUUUCCCUUUGAUUUUUCCUCUUCUAAUUAUUAUUCUUCAUUCAUCUGUUUUAUAUUUUUUUUUAUAUCACGCAAUUCAAUGCACUCAUAUUUCAUAUUUAUCAAGCGAAUACGCUUUGAAUGAUAAUAAAUUUCAAAUACCCUCAACUUCUAAAAGAAGUGUUUAAUUUUC